UCCAGCACACGCUCACACUCCUUCCCUCUGAUGCCGACUGGAUGCAGACCGGGGGAUCUCCAGCAGAUUCCUUAGUCUGUCCUCCCACCCCUCCUCCUCUUCCUCCUCCUCCACCUCCUCCUCCUUCAACAUCCGGAGGUUCUCCUCCUCUGCCUCCUCUUUUCUCCUGCUCCCCACCACCAAGAUGUGGCACUCGGUGGCUCUGCUCCUCUCUGGAUUCUCUGCUUUGAUUCACGUGUCGUUGCAGGGUCCUCACCAGAGGAACCUGUUGAAGAACCUCCUGAAGGACUACAACCGGAUGGAGCGGCCGGUGAGCAACGACUCCCACCCGCUCACCGUCGUCUUCACCCUGAGUAUGGUACAGAUCAUGGACGUGGAUGAGAAGAACCAGGUUCUCACCACUAACAUGUGGCUACGGAUGGGCUGGUUCGACCACUAUCUCCAGUGGAACCAGAGCGAACAUCCCGGAGUGAAAAACCUCCGCUUCACCACAGACCAGGUCUGGACACCAGACAUCCUGCUCUACAACAGUGCAGAUGACGACUUUGACUCCACCUUUAAGACCAAUGUUCUGGUGAACUCCAGCGGCUACGCCGAGUACCUGCCUCCAGGAAUCUUUAUGAGCACUUGCAACGUGGACGUUCGCUGGUUCCCUUUUGACAUCCAGAAGUGUGAGCUGAAGUUCGGCUCUUGGACGUAUGACGGCUGGUUGCUGGACCUCCAGAUGAACGACGCUGACAUCUCAGGCUACAUGACCAAUGGAGAGUGGGACUUAAUUGGAGUUCCCGGCACCAGAAGCGAGAACUUCUACGAUUGUUGUAAGGAGCCUUACCCAGAUGUGACGUUUGUCGUGACAAUACGGCGGCGGACGCUUUACUACGCCCUGAACCUGCUCAUUCCCUGUGUGUUGCUGUCUUCGAUGACCCUGCUCAUCUUUGUGCUGCCAGCUGACUCUGGGGAGAAGAUCUCCCUGGAAAAUAAUGCCAAGCCUUACACACGGCCUUCCAGGAAAAUACUCCCAGGUCAGUACUUCGCCAGUAUAAUGAUCAUCGUUGGGAUGUCAGUCAUUGCCACAGUGGUGGUACUGCAGUAUCAUCACCACGAUCCAAAUGGGGGCAACAUGCCAAAAUGGGUGCAGCUCGUCUUGCUGCAGUGGGUAGCAUGGUUCUUGCGUAUGAAGCGACCGGGAGAGAAUGACGACCCCGAGCGGCCCCCGUGUGCCCCCCACUUGCGGCGCUGCUCCUCGGCCUCCCAGAGUGGAAGCAUCCCGAAUCCACCGGACCCCACCCUCCAUCCACUACACCCACAGUACCUGGCUCCUCUCCAUGCGGGGCAUCCUCACUUCCACGUCCAAUCGAGUGCUAACAACAACGGGAACCUUCUUUACAUGGGCUACCAGAGCAUGGAGGACCCUUCAAUGCUCUCAGAGCCUCUCCAGAGAAAUAACAUCUGCACGGGGCCUCAGCGGGUACCAGGAAGCCCACCUCCUCACAUCCCAUCUCAGUUCUGCAGCUCCCCACCACCUCCCAUCCCCAAUAUGGACACUGUAGGCUGCCCCAGCACUGUCUCCAGUGGUGGGGGCUUUGGAGGUGGACCCGGAGGGCUUGGCGGGUGCUCGACUGCGGGGAUAGGAGACCCCCAGCUACAGGCCAUCUUGGAGGAGGUGCGUUACAUGGCAGACCGUUUCCGGGAGCAGGACGAAAACGAGAGCGUGGCCGACCAGUGGAAAUUUGCAGGGGCUGUGAUCGAUCGUCUAUGCCUGGUGGCGUUCAGCGUUUUCAACAUCAUAUGCACCAUCUCUAUCCUCAUGUCAGCUCCCAACUUUGCAGACGCCAUUUCAAAAGACUUUGUUUGAAAGCAAAGACGAAAAAGGAGGAGGAGAAGUGUGAAGAAAAGGAUGACGGGAAUUAAAUAGAGGAUAAAGGAUCGAGUGGGCCUGGAUCCAAGGAAACACAAUUUUCAGCGGACUGUAAGCUCUGUGAUUUGUGAUUGCAAGGAACUUGGAAAUAGUAAAAAAAACAAACAAAUGAUUUUCUUUGCAAUACAUUCAGUUUUGUAACUGAUUUAUAAGAAGAAAACAGACGAGGAAAGGGGUACAGAGUCAACUUAAAAUGAGAUUAGGGUGAGCAGGGUGCUUUAUCAGAUUCUUGACACGGUGAAAUGGAUUCUUGUGGUUAAUUCAAAGACUUUAACCACAAAAAUGAGGAGAAAGAAAGAAGAAGCAAGAGAAGACUAUUAGUCAAUGGGGAUAUUGAGAGAGUAAGAGACGGCAGAUAGAUCGAGACAGAUAAAUAAGACAGAUAUUUGGCUGUUUUUUCUUUCUUCUUGAGGAGGGAAGACAGUUGGUCACUCCCACAUGUUGAGAAUGGACUGCAUCAUUUAAAGUGGUGUAAGGAAGAGAGCGCGGGGAGAGGACAAAAGUAAUUUUACAGACAACAAAGAGCGAUGUUGAACGAACAAGACUUCAUAGCUUGUGACAUUGGUUAGGAGGAGUAAACAGCUUGACGCUCGGAUGUACAAAGUUGGACAGAAGAUCAGGAAGCAGAGAAGAACAGAAGAGGAUCUCAUCAACUAUUCAAUCACAUCCAUCUAAUGACCGUCAAAAUGAAAGACCUUGGAUACUCUUUAGGACUAAUAAGCUGUUAAAAGAUGAAGUCCCCUCUCUGCUCGACGCAAAACCACUUUAAAUUUAAAGGCCUUAUCUCUUUGAGACGAUUGCCAAUCUGCAACAAUCAGCAGAGAUCAAAAGCUCCUCAGCAGCGGGCACAGUGUGCGGCGCUUAUUACGACCGGGAAACUGAAUUAACCGGUCAUCAACAACGCAAUGGCCAGUAACUGCAGCACAGUGGGGGCUUGAACCAAUAAUCACCAUGAAGCAGUUACCUAACUGCAUCUGGCAGGUCCUAAUGGACCAACAGAUCUCAAUGGAUCUCAUGUUAAAGGUUUAAUAACUGAAAUGGGAGGUCAGGUCUUUGAAAGAACACGAGAGGGAGAAAAAAAAAAAAAAAAUUGUUCAAAAUCCCCAAUUUGAUAUGGAGAAGCACCAGCCUGUCGGAUCCCUUCAAGAGGUUAUAGCUAUAGAGUGAUUUCACACAUAUCUAAAAUGAAAGAUGAGAUUUUAAUGGAGCUGUAUUUUCGUGAAAUUGAG